AACAAAGUCCAAGCAACGCCAGAGCACGUUGGCUGGUUAAACUAACACUUGAGCGACUUCCUUGGUAGUGGAUGGGUGUGAAGAGGAGGGACCAAGGACCCCCAUCAUUGGACCGCUUCAGGAGGAAGUGGCUCCACUCCGAGGAAGAAGGAUAUAUAGAGGGAAGCGCACGCACCUCUCAGAGAAACUUAGAACGCCAAGUGCACCUUGCCACACGGCAGUCAGAAAGAACAACGUAGGCGCACUCCAGUUUCCUAGCACGCUAUCCUUGCUAACCCAUCCACCCCAAACCAGGUGAGCUGCCCCCACGUCCGUCCCCUCCUCUCCCUCUUCCCUCCUAUCCUCCAUGAAUUCUGCAAGAGCUGGGCACCUUCGCUCCACUCCGCCGCCCAGUCCUCUAAGCUCCGACCUGGAUGAGGUGGAGAUCGACGUGCUGGCAGAGGAGGCAGAUGGAGAUCAGACGGAAGAUGAUGAUGAUGAGGAGAGCCAUAAGUGCCUGGAGCGAUCCCUGCUGAGGGCCGGAGACCGCGCUCUUCCAGAGAAGAGCGCCGGGGACCGCGGCGACCUGAGCAACUCCUCCGGGUUCCUCCGCAAGUUCCGAGAGCCGCGGACCCAGGCGACCACCACAGCCGACGGCCCGCAGCCCGCCAAGCCCCCGUACUCCUACAUCGCGCUCAUCACCAUGGCCAUCCUGCAGAGCCCGCAGAAGCGCCUGACGCUCAGCGGCAUCUGCGCCUUCAUCAGCGGCCGCUUCCCCUAUUACCGCCGUAAGUUCCCCGCCUGGCAGAACAGCAUCCGUCACAACCUGUCGCUCAACGACUGCUUCGUCAAGAUCCCCCGCGAGCCGGGCCACCCGGGUAAGGGUAACUACUGGAGCCUGGACCCCGCCUCCCAGGACAUGUUCGACAACGGCAGCUUCCUUAGGCGUAGGAAGCGCUUCAAGCGCCACCACCCGCCCCCGGGAGGCCAUUCGCACUGCCCCUUCCCUCCACCCGCUGUGCCCGCCACCCUGCACGUCUCCCAGCCCAGCCUCCUGCUCCGCUACUCUGCCCCUCCGCAGCCUAACCUCGCAGCUCAACCCGCCGCCCCGCCUGGGAGCCGCCCUUGCGCGCCGCUGCAUCCGCAUCCCCUCCGCUACCUGCUGCUCGCCGCCCCCACCUAUGCUGAUGUGUCUAGAAAAGCCGAAGGCGCGGAUCCCGCUAACCCGGUCACCAUCCCCGCGCUGAAGCCCGCAAUGGGCUCCCAGCCUUGGGAGGGAGACCAGGGUGCUGGGUCUCGGUCCGGACGCGGGUGCGCCUCGUUCACCAUCGAGAGCAUCAUGCAGGGGGCUACAGGGGGAAGAACUGGGUCUGCGCAGAGUCCGCCUUUCGCUCCAUGGAGCUACUGCCACCUGCUGCAGCACCCACCGUACCUGCUGCACCCCCAGGCUGCUUCCCCUUUGUUUCACGUGUCUGCAGCGUCCCGGACAAUAUUUCAGCAGCCGCCGCUGCAGCAGCAGGAACAGCAUCACUGUGUCCUUAGCUGCGCUCCGGGUAAAGGCACGCGGCUAGGCCGGCACCUGUCCGCCGUUGCGGCGCUGCUGAGGCAACAGCCUGCAGCUGAGGACUGUAGGCUGACAACCCUAGCAGCUCUUUCGGAAAGAGAGGGGACCUUGCCCGCAUUUUAAGCAGCACCCAAGCCCAGUCUCCAGGCUGAGUCGCCUGGGCACACCUGGAGCCAAGUGACAGAUUGGAACCGCUCGCUUUCUAGGUUUGCACCACCCUCCUGCUAGGUUUGUGCGUGGAAAACCGGCAGCGGAGUGCGCACUAAGUCCUUCCAAAUUGUUACAACCGUGUUCUGCUCGCUUGACGACCCAAACCCGGGAAAAUCCGGGGACUACAAGUCCCGCCUUGUCUUGUUCACUUCGGUUGUGGCUUUCACCGCUUUCCCGAUUUACAUACUUCCCGGGGACCUAUGACUGUGAGUGAAGUGUUUUGUUGUUAAUAAAAACAAAACAGCCUGCAGCACAAAAGCAUCGCCAUCCGCAUUCCCUAGGAACUGCAAGUGUUCCCAGUGCCGAAUGCUAAUGCGUACAUGCUCCGUCUUCCCGAAACCCGUAUAUAAUACAAGUAAUUUCAUAACAUUUAUUUCUUGUAUAUACUCCAGCGGAGAGUGUUGAAAUUAAGCCUAGUUAGAUAGAUUGAAUAAAAUACGAAACUAAG